AUGCUCUCCCUGGCUGCGGCCUUCGUCGCCGCCCUCACGGCCGCCGCUGCGCUCGCUGCCCCCGUCGAAACCGGCACCAAGCGUGCUGCUCCCGGGCCUGGGGCCAAGAUAGGCGAGGCGACUUACUAUGAGCCCGGGCUGGGCGCCUGCGGCAAGACCAACAGCGCGGCCGACAUGAUUGUGGCUAUUUCCCCGUCGGCGCUCGAAAACAAGCAGAAAUGCGGGCAUAGACUUCGUGCUCAGUAUAAUGGGAAGACAGUCGAGGUCGAAGCGGUUGACCUGUGCAUGGGCUGCAAGCCCUUCGAUCUGGACCUGACGCCAGCGGCUUUCAAGAAGCUUGGCGAGAUGUCGGCUGGUCGACUUACGGGCGUGACGUGGGAGUGGAUUUGA